AUGGGAGAUUUACCUUUAGAAGUUAAAGUUGAUAUACCAAAUGGUAAAUCAUAUACUCAACCAACUGGUUUAUUUAUAAAUAAUGAAUUUGUUUAUCCAAAAGAUAAAAAAACAUUUGAAGUUGUAUCACCAUCUACUGAAGAAGUUAUAACUUCUGUUUAUGAAGCUAAAGGAGAAGAUAUUGAUAUUGCUGUUGAUGCAGCUAUUGAAGCUUAUAAAUCUUGGUCAAUAAGUGCACCAGAAACAAGACAAAAAGUUUUAUUAAAAUUGGCUGAUUUAGUUGAUGAAAAUGCUGAUUUAUUAGCAAGUAUUGAAACUUUUGAUAAUGGUAAAUCUUUACAAAAUUCAAAAGGUGAUAUUGCUUUAACUGCUGCUUAUUUUAGAUCAUGUGCUGGUUGGUGUGAUAAAAUUACUGGUAAUGUUAUAAAUACUGGUGGUUCACAUUUUAAUUAUACUCAAAGAGUUCCAGUUGUUUGUGGUCAAAUUAUUCCAUGGAAUUUCCCAAUUUUAAUGUUAUCAUGGAAAUUAGGUCCAGUUUUAGCAACUGGUUCUACUUCAGUUUUAAAAUCUGCUGAACAAACUCCAUUAUCAGCUUUAUAUAUGGCUAAAUUAUUAGUUGAAGCUGGUAUGCCAAAGGGUGUUGUUAAUGUUGUUUCAGGUUUUGGUAAAAUUGCAGGUGCAGCAAUUUCAGCACAUAUGAAAUUAGAUAAAGUUGCAUUUACUGGUUCAACAUUAGUUGGUAAAACUAUUAUGAAAGCUGCUGCUGAUUCAAAUUUGAAAAAAGUUACUUUGGAAUUAGGUGGUAAAUCACCAAAUAUUGUUUUUGAUGAUGCUAAAAUUGAUGCAGCUGUUCAACAUAUUAUUGCUGGUAUUUUCUAUAAUUCUGGUGAAGUUUGUUGUGCGGGUUCAAGAGUAUUAAUUCAAUCUGGAAUAUAUGAUAAAGUUGUUGAAACUUUGAAAAAAGCAGUUGAAGAUAUUAAAGUUGGUGAUCCAUUUAAUCCAGAAACUUUUAUGGGUGCACAAGUUUCAGAAGUUCAAAUGUCUAAAAUUUUACAAUAUAUUGAAUCAGGUAAAGAACAAGGUGCUAAAGUUAUAACUGGUGGUAAAAGAAGUGAAGGUAAAGGUUAUUUCGUUCAACCAACUGUUUUCGGUGAUGUUAAAGGUCACAUGAAGAUUGCAAAAGAAGAAAUUUUUGGACCAGUUGUUACAUUAAUUAAAUUUGAUACUGUUGAUGAGGCUAUUGAAAUUGCAAAUAGUACUGAAUAUGGUUUAGCUGCAGGUAUCCAUUCAACUGAUAUUAAUAAAUGUAUUGGUGUUGCAAAUAGAAUUAAUGCAGGUACUAUUUGGGUUAAUACUUAUAAUGAUUUCCAUCCAAUGGUUCCAUUUGGUGGUUUCCAUUCUUCAGGUAUUGGUAGAGAAAUGGGUGAAGAAGUUUAUCAUGAAUAUACUCAAACUAAAGCGGUUAGAAUUAAAUUAGAUACUACAGGAUUUAAAUAA